AUGGGGAAGGAUGUCAGUGAUGAAGGAAUAUCGAAGCUGUCGUCAUUAAGUCGGUGGAAGGUUGUAGACAUUCUUGGGAAUUCGGUGUAUAAAGCUGAAUGGAAUCCAAGUAUCGAUUUAAUAGCUCUUGCUUCAGAAAAGGGUGAAAUCAACACGCGUCGACGACUAUGGAAACGUGGCUGGAAAGUGAACCUUGGUACCGCGAGGCCGUUAUUACAAUAUCAUACUGGGAAUAAGAAGAGUUCAAAAUUAACAUCGAUAUGCUGGAGUCCAAACGGAAUGUUUCUCUCCGUAGGUUUCAGAAAUGGAGUCAUCCAUUUAUUAGAUCGCGAACACGGUCAUAUCGUCUAUUCUAUUUCUCUUGGCUGUGCAAUUAGGAAAAUGCGAUGGGAUAGUUUUGGUGACCAGAUUAAGAUUGAAGACGACGAUCGCAUUGUUGGACUUAUCGGUGAUGUGCCAUCCAGAAAUAAAAAGUCUGAGAAAACAAGUUCUGUCGAAAAUAUCACUUUAUUAAGAUCUUUCUGUGAUCGCUUUUAUACAUCGGAAUUGGUAGGUGCCGUCUUGUUAGUGACAGAUGAAGAGCAUGUAAUACACGUGCUUGCAGCAGGGGUACUCCCCAUACUUUCUAUCAAGCCACCUACAGAUUACUUUGCAAAGUGCGACCCUUAUUCAAUUACCAUUGGCGACGUUCAUUUGCUCAAAAACGCUCAGCUUUUGGUUGUUUACUCUAGUAUAGGACAGUCAGCAAAGUCGAAAUGCGAUGGAGGCGCUAAUUACGGGUAUAAUACGCAAAUUAUUACUUUCGACAUCGAUACCUCAGGAGGCUUUAAAAAUGGUUUUAUUUGGAGGAUUACUUACAGAUGGUUGCGGCUUUACUAUUCUGUUUGCUGUAUCUCUGAUGCAUUUGCAAAAAUGAUAGCUGACUGGGAGGAACAGUCAAAGCAUUUCCAUCAAGCUUUUGAAAGAUACGAUAUGAGGAAUAUUAAUGGGGAGACUGUAACCAUAGCAGAAUGCUUAAUUGAUAAUAUUCUAAGAGGUGACAGUGAAGUAGAGUUACAGCGAUAUUUCCGUGAAGUGUCUGAAGUGGACUGGAAGAAAAUGAGGGAAUGGGUAGGCCGGGGAUUUAGUAAGUUAAUAAUGUUAUUGAAAAAUGAGCUCUGGACAAGCGUGGAAUUAUAUCAACAUCAUUUAAAAAGACUAGUGGCGGAUUUAGGGUUUGCGACGCAACGUUUUGGAAGGGUCGACGUCUUGCCAAAAAGGAUAUUUGAUGUCGAUAUAUAUCCAUAUGGUGGAUAUGAUGAGGAAAGGGAAAAGUCGAUCAGUUCAGGAGUCUUAAAAAAGGUUUUGGAAUUGGCUGAUCAGUUGCAUUUCAAAGCUGCCGAACUUAUUGCUGUUUCUGCGCAAAAUAGGUCUUGCAAUUUUUCGUUCAAAAUUACUUUGGAAUUUAGUUUUUUAAAUCUCUUUUACCAUCUUUUUGUUUUGGUGAAGAAUGAGGAAGAGCCUGGGGAGGCAGCAACUGGAAAUGAGUUGGAUGAAGAGCGUGCUGCGAAGAAAUUAAUUUCAGAAUUGGAGCCUGACUUAUGCGUUGACCAGAUAAUACAUUAUAUAUGCGAAACUCAUGGAGCUUCGGAGAAUGCUGAAGGGCAAAAGGAUAAUUCUCUCAGUUCAUGUUCAGAUGAGAGUGUAUGGGAUGAACAGUGUGGAUCUCUCCUUUCGUGCUCAGACGAGAGUUUACGGGAUAAACAUUGUCCAAAAGUGACGUUGGCGCAGUGUGUUAAAAAUAGUGUUACUUCUCUUGAUUUAAUACGUGACCAGAUCCUAGAAACUUACAUUUCUCUUGCCAAACCUGUUUCUUCUGUGUAUUUGGAACAGGGACAUGCGGAAGGAUUUAGUACUUUUAGUUUUUUCACGUUUCAGCUGCCAAAGUCUCUGCACUUAACCAGUGAAACUAGAAAUUCAAUGAAAGCAAAGUUUGGGAAAUCUCCAUUUCCAGCUUUAUCUUGUAUAGGAUCUGACGGACGGCGGCAUUGCAUUUAUGCUGCUACGGGAGAAUUAAUUUCAAAAACGCUUUUUGAUGGCGAAAUUUCUGCUGGGCAGGCUUUAGAAGAUGUUAAGAAGUUAGCUGCUUCCUCCGAAGACAAGGUGGAAGGUCCAUCCUGCUCGGGUACUUUUGAUAAGCCGUUGUCAGUUGAUACAGCAGACACUUCGAAAGCCUCGUCAAAUAUAUGCCCACCCGCUGUUAACAAGCGACUACUACGGUUUGAAUCUGUUGACGAUGGCAGCUACUUUGGAUUAAUUCGGUUUAAAAGAGGGAGUGGUGAAUUCACUUAUUUGUUUAGAGCAUUUUAUGGCGAUCGUACACUGUAUGUGCAUGAGGAUCAGUCAGCCGUUGAAUCUCUCGAGAACGUUGUCAUAUCCGGAUCACGAAAACUCGGAAUCGCUAUGUUAGAGCCUCAGUACGCCCUGAAUGGUUCUUGUCUGCGUUGGUUCGAGUUUGGUGACAUCCCUGCUUUUCUUGUCGGGUCUAAACGGACAGUCCUUGGCGAAGUAGAAUUUCUGAUAGUCCAGACUUCAGGGUUGAAUUUGACCAGGAUCGCCUCUUCACUGCACUGUGCUUUUGUAGAGCAUCAACAUAUCCCAUUAGGAUUUGUUCCUCCAUCCACUGAUACAAUAGAGGGUGGAAAUGAUUUUGUUCCAAAAAUGGAUAUCUCAUGCGAACGUGACGGCUUCGUGCACGAGGAGGAUGAUGAUUACGGUAAGCUGAAGUUUUAUUUGAAAGCCGAGAAUUAA